GCCACUCGAUGGUUUUCGAUGGUUUUAAGUGAGCAUGCACGUGCAGCUCCUUUAGCGAACCUGUGUCCUGCCCUGGAACGCGUCGUCUCUCCCAAUGGAGUGGAGUAGCACGGUCCAUCACUCACCACCGACUCUUCCCUAUUCUUGAUCCUUACCAUGUCUCACCGCCAACAAUCUGUUCGUAAAGGAGAUCGAUGGUAUCGUUCCUCUUGUAUCGGAGCAGGUCGAAGUUCUGGAAAAAAUGCUGAUGGUACAGGCGUAGUGCUGAUUAUUUACUGCCAUCUUAGCAAAGCCUACGUUCUGUUCUACCCACCGUCACGUUCACAAGCAUCUCUUCGUAUAUCUGCGUUUUUAUUGACAUUCAUCAAUCUCAGACUGCUCCUGCAGAUCUCGAUGUCCACAUCGUGUAGAGCGCCACCAUUCUACUUUUGGUCUACCGCAAGGCCUGAAGCAACUCUACGUUACCAUCUCCGGUUGUAUCUCCGCUUUCCGUCUCUUUGCAAUGACGAUGAUAAUUCGCCCUUGCUGACGUCACUUCCCGCCACUGCCAUGCAUCGUCGCAUCUUACUCAUCUUAAAGUCCGUGGUAAACGAAAGGACGAGAAGAUGCUUCGCAAUGCCAUCAUCGUCUACCCUGACAUCUUCAAUUGAAGAAUCUAAGGUAGUGGGUCAGGGCGGUGGAGUGAUAGUACACGUGGCUCAUCUAGCAAUCGUGUGCUCCGCCUUUAAACAUGCCAUGUUCCAAUGGCAUAGAUUGACACCGCCCGCAUCCUUCCCUCUCAAUACACUCUCCCUCUCGAUCCUCAUCCUGUCUCACCGCCGAAGAUUUCUUAGUGAAGAAGAUCGAUUUCGGCAUCCUCACUGCGCCACCACCUGCUCAGAGGAAACUCGUUCCCCCAAAGGAGCAAUUUUCUGUCUGGCCUGACGGCUACAGUGACAACGACCUGUUCUUUAAACUGAGUCUAAGUCGGUCUCUGCUAAGGUUGAGGCUCGAGGUAUUGGGAAGAUGUCGAUGAUGCUGGUAUAGCAUCCAUUCGUCUAUUGCUACCAUCACAGCUGGUUUAUUGCUUGUUCAUGUAUAUCUUCUCACCGCUAUUUAUCAUUACUGGUGGAUUUAUACCUAUAGCAUGCUAUCUUCCUUCUUUGUUG